ACGCGUACGCGUAACAAACAAUACGCGUACGACCUAUAAAACAGAGUGUUCAGGGGAAGAAACACAAAGCACUCGUUGCAUGGGUGACUUGGAAGCCAUCACAUCCAGGAUUACUAUAGUGAAGUUCAAGAAACCAUUCGUGGUGAUAUUCUUGGCCAUUCCCACUGGUUCCCCUAGCCAGCGCAGGGCAGAGCUACUCUCAAUUUUCUUAUGGUGGAGGACUGUCGUGCGAGUGAGCACAGAGCGCCUGGCAGCGGCAGUAUGGCGGUACGGAAUGCCUUGUGCAGGGCAUGUAGGGUGUUGUUCUACGUCAAUGUCCUACUGUGGUCACAUGGCAGUCUAACCUCCGCGGGCGACAAGGGCGCAUGUACUGACCAAGCCAAGUCCUGGCCAUCAGGAAUCUCGAUACAGACGAACAGGGAUACGGAUUGGAUGAGCUUUCACAUCGGCGAGAAGCUUUGCCUUGUGUGCGCAGUUCAUCCUAAUCCGUACAACGAGAGCGUUGUUCCUGUUCUGGAGUGGAGUUUGAACGGCAACACAAGUGCCUUGGCAAAGAAUACACAGCAACUCGCCGCAUCGUUCAAAGAAACGGGAAAGAAUGGAUGGCUGUCUGUGGUUCAGAUCGAUUCUUCAACAGACCAAGACAUAGGAGUAUACGUGUGCAAGGCGUCCUUUCCUUCCCUCCAGCUCCAAGCAAAUGUUACACUUGAGCAAAAACAGUACUACUUCAAGGAGGGAUUGCCCAAAUCGUACUACAUUGGGGAAUACGGAGACAUACAGAAUAUCACCUGCCAUUCGCAACAUGAUCUCUUCCCCGUUUGGUGCAAGCUCAGGAAGCUCAACCUAGACUUAAGCGAAACAAAUUGGGCAGUGCAGUGUAUUGAGCACAAUCUGCAGUACAAUCGCCAUGCUUCGCACAAUCGAGCAACAUUCCCUGUUAUUGUCAAUGAGAGGACUGCUGGCUGGUGGAAAUGUAUGCUGAGCUUUAGCCAUCAACCUUUUGUAACCCUUCCCCCAAUAACCUAUGUGCCAAUCCAACUCAAGAUCAAAGAAAUACAACCAAAGUCUGCAUGGAUUGAAGCAAGGGCAACAGCGUAUGUGGAGGGAUCGUCGGUUGUCCAGCAACACCUACCCAUUGCGAUGGAUGAUGAGACAGAUCCGAAGAUUGUCUACCUGGUGGGCUGGUCAAGCAAUAUCAUUGCCAUCAGCAUAUCUUGUACGCCGAACAUGGCCACAUACCCCACCCCAGAGGUGCGGUUGAGUUGGAGCAAGCUAGAAGUGUUCAGUGACUCUGAAGUCAGCGUCACAAGAAAUCUGACCAAAACUUUACCUCCAGGUGGAUAUCUUCAGCCAGGCAUACUACUGAGCUGUGAGAUCGAGAACAAGCUCGGCAAAGCGGAACGCACGGUCGAGCUAAGAGCAGGACGUACACCUAGUUUGUCAGUUCAGGAAGCAUGGGUCAAGGAUCGGCCAGGAGGGAACACCACCGAUACCAAGAUUGUUCUGCACGUUUUCGGGGAGCCUCUGACUGAAAUCACGGCCUGUGUAAGGAUGAACUUGCUAAGCCAUGCGUCGCGCUGUCAGAAGAAACUGACAGGAAGCACGACAUACGCAGACCUGCCUGUUCACAAUGCAGAUGACCCAGUCAAGAUCUUCUUCUCCUGGACUGCAGGCCAGCAAUGCCAGUACGAGGGACAUCAGUAUGGCAUUGCAACAUGGAAUAUUCAGACAAAAACGCUGCAAAGCGGCGGAGUGAGCCGAAACGACACAUUCAUCUUGCGUUUACCCAGUAUAGUACCGGGAGCCAAGAAAAUAGUCAAGCUUGCGUUUACUUUCGGUGCUGCUCUUGACGGAUCAAUAUACAGAUCUCUGCCAGCCAAGUCCUGGCCAUCAGGAAUCUCGAUACAGACGAACAGGGAUACGGAUUGGAUGAGCUUUCACAUCGGCGAGAAGCUUUGCCUUGUGUGCGCAGUUCAUCCUAAUCCGUACAACGAGAGCGUUGUUCCUGUUCUGGAGUGGAGUUUGAACGGCAACACAAGUGCCUUGACAAAGAAUACACAGCAACUCGCCGCAUCGUUCAAAGAAACGGGAAAGAAUGGAUGGCUGUCUGUGGUUCAGAUCGAUUCUUCAACAGACCAAGACAUAGGAGUAUACGUGUGCAAGGCGUCCUUUCCUUCCCUCCAGCUCCAAGCAAAUGUUACACUUGAGCAAAAACAGUACUACUUCAAGGAGGGAUUGCCCAAAUCGUACUACAUUGGGGAAUACGGAGACAUACAGAAUAUCACCUGCCAUUCGCAACAUGAUCUCUUCCCCGUUUGGUGCAAGCUCAGGAAGCUCAACCUAGACUUAAGCGAAACAAAUUGGGCAGUGCAGUGUAUUGAGCACAAUCUGCAGUACUAUCGCCAUGCUUCGCACAAUCGAGCAACAUUCCCUGUUAUUGUCAAUGACGUGACUGCUGGCUGGUGGAAAUGUAUGCUGAGCUUUAGCCGUCAACCUUUUGUAACCCUUCCCCCAAUAAGCUAUGUGCCAAUCCAACUCAAGAUCAAAGAAAUACAACCAAUUUCUGCAUGGAUUGAAGCAAGGGCAACAGCGUAUGUGGAGGGAUCGUCGGUUGUCCAGCAACACCUACCCAUUGCGAUGGAUGAUGAGACAGAUCCGAAGAUUGUCUACCUGGUGGGCUGGUCAAGCAAUAUCAUUGCCAUCAGCAUAUCUUGUACGCCGAACAUGGCCACAUACCCCACCCCAGAGGUGCGGUUGAGUUGGAGCAAGCCAGAAGUGUUCAGUGACUCUGAAGUCAGCGUCACAAGAAAUCUGACCAUAACUUUACCUCUAGGUGGAUAUCUUCAGCCAGGCAUACUACUGAGCUGUGAGAUCGAGAACAAGCUCGGCAAAGCGGAACGCACGGUCGAGCUAAGAGCAGGACGUACACCUAGUUUUUCACUUCAGGAAGCAUGGGUCAAGGAUCGGCCAGGAGGGAACACCACCGAUACCAAGAUUGUUCUGCACGUUUUCGGGGAGCCUCUGACUGAAAUCACGGCCUGUGUAAGGAUGAACUUGCUAAGCCAUGCGUCGCGCUGUCAGAAGAAACUGACGGGAAGCACGACAUACGCAGACCUGCCUGUUCACAAUGCAGAUGACCCAGUCAAGAUCUUCUUCUCCUGGACUGCAGGCCAGCAAUACCAGUACGAGGGACAUCAGUAUGGCAUUGCAACAUGGAAUAUUCAGACAAAAACGCUGCAAAGCGGCGGAGUGAGCCGAAACGACACAUUCAUCUUACGGUUACCCAGUAUAGUACCGGGAGCCAAGAAAAUAGUCAAGCUUGCGUUUACUUUCGGUGCUGCUCUUGACGGAUCAAUAUACAGAUCUCUGCCAGCCAAGUCCUGGCCAUCAGGAAUCUCGAUACAGACGAACAGGGAUACGGAUUGGAUGAGCUUUCACAUCGGCGAGAAGCUUUGCCUUGUGUGCGCAGUUCAUCCUAAUCCGUACAACGAGAGCGUUGUUCCUGUUCUGGAGUGGAGUUUGAACGGCAACACAAGUGCCUUGACAAAGAAUACACAGCAACUCGCCGCAUCGUUCAAAGAAACGGGAAAGAAUGGAUGGCUGUCUGUGGUUCAGAUCGAUUCUUCAACAGACCAAGACAUAGGAGUAUACGUGUGCAAGGCGUCCUUUCCUUCCCUCCAGCUCCAAGCAAAUGUUACACUUGAGCAAAAACAGUACUACUUCAAGGAGGGAUUGCCCAAAUCGUACUACAUUGGGGAAUACGGAGACAUACAGAAUAUCACCUGCCAUUCGCAACAUGAUCUCUUCCCCGUUUGGUGCAAGCUCAGGAAGCUCAACCUAGACUUAAGCGAAACAAAUUGGGCAGUGCAGUGUAUUGAGCACAAUCUGCAGUACAAUCGCCAUGCUUCGCACAAUCGAGCAACAUUCCCUGUUAUUGUCAAUGACGUGACUGCUGGCUGGUGGAAAUGUAUGCUGAGCUUUAGCCGUCAACCUUUUGUAACCCUUCCCCCAAUAAGCAAUGUGCCAAUCCAACUCAAGAUCAAAGAAAUACAACCAAUUUCUGCAUGGAUUGAAGCAAGGGCAACAGCGUAUGUGGAGGGAUCGUCGGUUGUCCAGCAACACCUACCCAUUGCGAUGGAUGAUGAGACAGAUCCGAAGAUUGUCUACCUGGUGGGCUGGUCAAGCAAUAUCAUUGCCAUCAGCAUAUCUUGUACGCCGAACAUGGCCACAUACCCCACCCCAGAGGUGCGGUUGAGUUGGAGCAAGCCAGAAGUGUUCAGUGACUCUGAAGUCAGCGUCACAAGAAAUCUGACCAUACCUUUACCUCCAGGUGGAUAUCUUCAGCCAGGCAUACUACUGAGCUGUGAGAUCGAGAACAAGCUCGGCAAAGCGGAACGCACGGUCGAGCUAAGAGCAGGACGUACACCUAGUUUGACGGUUCAGGAAGCAUGGGUCAAGGAUCGGCCAGGAGGGAACACCACCGAUACCAAGAUUGUUCUGCACGUUUUCGGGGAGCCUCUGACUGAAAUCACGGCCUGUGUAAGGAUGAACUUGCUAAGCCAUGCGUCGCGCUGUCAGAAGAAACUGACGGGAAGCACGACAUACGCAGACCUGCCUGUUCACAAUGCAGAUGACCCAGUCAAGAUCUUCUUCUCCUGGACUGCAGGCCAGCAAUACCAGUACGAGGGACAUCAGUAUGGCAUUGCAACAUGGAAUAUUCAGACAAAAACGCUGCAAAGCGGCGGAGUAAGCCGAAACGACACAUUCAUCUUACGGUUACCCAGUAUAGUACCGGGAGCCAAGAAAAUAGUCAAGCUUGCGUUUACUUUCGGUGCUGCUCUUGACGGAUCAAUAUACAGAUCUCUGCCAGAAAUGAGACCAAGGUCAGCGUGGAUUGAAAUGAGGGGAGCAGGAGCAUAUGUGGAAGGAUCAAUGCAUGUCCAGCACCGUCUGCGGGUGGUGAUGGACGAUUAUACCAAUCCCAGUAUUUUAAACAUGACCGACUGGUCAAGCGAUACCAGUGUGAUCAAUCUCUCAUGCACUGCGGACAUGGCAACACACCCCACUCCAGAGAUACGCCUCAGUUGGAGCAAGCCAGGUGAAUCCGAAGAAUCUUCUAUAACCAGUGUUACAAGAAACCUGACCAAAACCUUCAAUUCGACCAGUCAUCUUCAGCCAGGUACAAUAGUCACAUGUAAGAUCGAGAACAAGCUCGGCAAAGUGGAACGCACCGUCGAGCUAGUAACAGGAUGUAAAAUGGCAAACUGCUACGACGGAUUUGCCACAGACAAGUAGCAUGUCGUUUUCCACGUCUGGCUCAAUUCUGCCAGUUGGCGGACAAGCCAAAGGAACUGGACUUCACCCGGUCCUAGUGGUCAGUAUUGUUAUAGGAUCGAUUACUCUCGCCGUAAUUACAACCAUCGCGGUUUUGAUGUUCUACAGAUGCGCGCAGAAUUUACCUGCCAAAAACUGACAGUACGUUCUGGAUUGUAAGGAAAAAUUCCCGAUUUUGCCUUUUUUCUGGCAGCGUUUAUUCUCCGCAAUUCAUUUAUAUAUUUUUUGUUCUCGGAUGGUGAGCCUUGUCCUUUUCCUUUCUUCAUCAUAUUUUUUGUUAUGAAAAGUAUAAAUGCCGCAGACAUCACCACGCAACAUGACAAUUUGUUCAAGUGUUCAUGAGUUGUUUCUGCACUGUUCAUGCCCAUUUGUCACACUUACUCUUUAUCUUAGUUCUCACUUUUUGUAAUACUUACGCAUCAUGUGUCACACUUCUUUGGAUUUUUAACCUUUGUUUUUCCCUUGAUCAUGUUAGUUCUGUAUUUCCACUGAUGAUCGGAGCUUGAAAAUCGAUUUUGGAAACACACAAAACCAAACCUUGAACAAAUUGUCAUGUUGCGUGGUGAUGUCUGCGGCAUUCAUACUUUUCAUAGCUAUUAUUAAACUUUUAUCUCCACGUAGAUUAUUUGUAUAUUUUUUGUUGUUUCACUUUUCUGGCUGUUCGCUUCCCUAGAUCCCUGGUAGUUUACAUGGUUUACUUUAUCCAAUUCCCAUUUCAAAUCAUCCAUAAUAUAGCCUUUUGUAAUAAUGACGUCAACAUUCACAAUAUCUUUGAUUAAAAAUGAUGAUGUAAUGAAUCACAUAGCUAAGCAUGUUCUACCAACAGAAGGAUUUUUGCCUUAGGAAUUUUUCUAGGCAUGCUGCCCAGUUAGUUGGGAACUUGUGGCCUGACAUGAGGUAAAUAUGGAUGCAGUGAAUGAGAA